AUGGUAGUUUUUUUGUUAAGGGUUUUUACUGAUGGAUCAAAUUCAAAUUCAAAUUCAACCACUGUAAAUAGUUUUCAGGCACAGCAAGAUAUAUCUUCGCUUAAGAAUAUUGCGGGAGAAACUGGGAAGAAGCUCGGCUCCCUGGCAUCCUCUUUAAUGACAGAUCUUCAGGACAGAGUCCUUUGAUAGCGAUACAUGUUGCAUUCAAAAUUAUUUUAAGAGUUUGUCGCAAUACCAUCGUAUAUUUUUCUGUGGUGAAUGUAAACGAAAAAAAUGAAAUGGUGAAAUUAUUUCAGAAGACAAAAAUAAUUAUGGUUUUAAAACUCUGGCUUAUGGUUUUUGUAGUUUUCAGUGUAUCUUGUAGCAGAAAUUUUUUGGUAAGUAUGUCUCUACUACACUAAAGCGAUUUGUUAUUGGAUGUUCAUGGGUAAUUAGUCGAU